CGUCGGUGACCGAAAACUAAGUUUGGCUUCAAAAAUUCAAAGUUAGUGAGGCAGAGGCUGGUCUGCUCGAAAAUGCCGCGGGCCUUACUAUUGGCCCUGUUGGUAGGACCAGUGUUUAGUUCUAUUAUCGAUCAUCAAAAUUACUACUACUCGCGUCAGCCGGCCCUCUUUCGUUUGCUGAUCAAACACGGUCUGUGGCCGAAAAAUGAAACGAUCGAGUACGAGAAACCGGAAGUGGACCGUGACGCCCCAUCGCCGUUUAUUUACGGAGGAGACACUGCUUCCAUUGAUACCUAUCCGUACCAGCUGUCGCUGCGCCACGAAGGAACGCACAUAUGUGGUGCAUCCGUCAUAUCCUCACGCUGGGCAUUGAGUGCAGCCCACUGCUUAGAUGAUGCCACCUAUCCGGCAGGAAUCACGUUCCGAGGCGGGACUCCGCAUCGUCUGGCAGGUGGCUAUAUUUUCAACGCGGAUGAGUACUAUCUGCACCCGAAGUUUGAUCGGCAAACACUGGAUUACGAUGUCGCAGUAAUACAUGUGAAGGAGAGUUUUUUCAUCGACCGCAUCGAGGCGAUAGCAUUGGCGGACACCAACACGGUGUAUCCUAUCCCGUCGACCGCCACCGUCAUUGGCUGGGGCACUGCGGAAGGUGGUUACACGCCCCUAAUACUGCAAUCGCUGCAAGUGUACCUUCAGCAGCGCUCGUUGUGUGCGGCGUCGUGGAUAGACCAGAUAACGGAGCGCAUGUUCUGCGCCGGUGGCGGUGAAGUGGGCAAGGAUGUCUGCAACGGAGACAGUGGUGGCCCGUUGAUACUGAACGGAUAUCAAAUCGGUAUCGUCUCCUGGGGUUCGAAUACUUGCGCCAUCAACCUUCCGGGCGUGUACACGGCGCUUACCAACGAUGAAGUUCGAGCGUUUAUCAAGGUUUAUGCGAGUGUUUGA